GAAAAAAGGAAGCGGAGCCUGUAAACGGCAAACUCACCGCUUUCUUUUUGCCCCCCAAGCAACCAGCAGCUACGGGUUACUUUUUGUUCCCCCCCGCCCCCUUCUCGUCGUCGAUGAAAGAGCGAGUAGGAAUACUUCGAACCGGGCUGGGGGGGAGGAGGUGCCGCCGAACCCCGCUCUCGCUCGUCUCAGCCCAGCUCGCCUCGUUGCCUUCGGACCUAGGAGCGAGGUGAAGCUGCCUUUUGUGGAAACAAGUGCCGCUCGCCUCAGCUCCCUUUGCUUGCGGCCAGUGGGGGUUUAUUAACGUAAGGGAUAAAAAAAAAAAAAAAGUCUGCUUUGUGCGUGUGUCUGGAUUUGGUGCGGCGAGUUGGUUGGGUCAUCCCGGGCGAGGAUUUAAAGUACUUGUUUGCACCGAGACUCUUCAAGAAUCAGCAGACUGGCGGCUUUUCUGAAACACUGGGGUUGUUGGUGUGGCCAAAUUUUCCCUGGAUUUGACCAGUAAAUUCAGAAGACUGAAGCCCAGGCUCACAGUCUACCUUUCACGGAGGCCCAGCCGUGAGAGGACUGAGGAAGGCACGUGGCGGAUCAUGACGGCUGACAAAGAGAAGGAGCGUGAGAAAGAGCGGGACAGAGAUAGAGAUCGGGACAGGGACAAGAGGGAGUCCGGGAAGUCCCGCCGGCAAGACGGGGAACGGGGCGAGAGCGAGAGCUCCAGGCCCAGGCGCAGUUGCACGCUGGAGGGCGGCGCCAAGAACUAUGCAGAGAGCGAACACAGCGAGGACGAGGACAACGACAACGGCAGCACGGGCGGAGGCAGCGGCACGGCCGAGGAGGCCGGCAAGAAGGGCAAGAAGAAGAUGCCCAAGAAGAAGUCCCGCUACGAGCGCACAGAGAACGGAGAAAUCACGUCCUUCAUCACGGAAGACGAUGUUGUUUACAGACCAGGAGAUUGUGUGUACAUUGAGAGUCGCCGGCCCAACACUCCUUACUUCAUUUGUAGCAUUCAAGAGUUCAAACUGAGUAAACGGGACCAUCUGCUGAUGAAUGUCAAAUGGUACUAUCGCCAAUCAGAAGUGCCCGACUCUGUCUACCAGCACCUGGUGCAGGAUCGCAACAAUGAGAAUGACUCCGGACGUGAGCUGGUUAUCACAGACCCAGUGGUCAGGAGUCGAGAGCUCUUCAUCUCUGACUAUGUGGACACUUAUCAUGCUGCUGCUCUCAGGGGGAAAUGCAACAUUUCACAUUUCUCCGACAUUUUUGCUGCCAGGGAGUUCAAAGCCCGUAUUGACUCCUUUUUCUAUAUCCUUGGUUAUAACCCCGAGACCAGGCGGCUCAACAGCACUCAGGGGGAAAUCCGAGUGGGCCCCAGUCACCAAGCCAAGCUUCCAGAGCUGCAGCCUUUCCCCUCCUCUGGUGGCCAGGCCGUGACGGAGAACGAGGAGCUGGUCUGGAUGCCGGGGGUCAACGACUGUGACCUUCUUAUGUACCUCAGAGCUGCGAGGAGCAUGGCUGCCUUUGCAGGGAUGUGUGACGGAGGCUCAACAGAGGAUGGAUGUCUUGCAGCCUCUCGAGAUGACACUACAUUAAACGCACUCAACACUCUUCACGAGAGCAGCUAUGAUGCCGGCAAAGCUCUCCAGCGCCUGGUGAAGAAACCAGUGCCAAAGUUGAUAGAGAAGUGCUGGUCCGAGGAUGAAGUGAAACGCUUCAUUAAAGGCUUGAGACAGUUCGGCAAAAACUUCUUCAGGAUCCGGAAGGAGCUCCUGCCUAACAAAGAAACGGGUGAGCUGAUUACCUUCUACUACUAUUGGAAGAAGACCCCAGAGGCGGCCAGCUGUCGAGCCCAUCGCAGACAUCGCCGCCAACCUGUUUUUCGACGCAUCAAGACACGAACGGCUUCGACUCCUGUCAAUACGCCUUCCCGUCCACCCUCUAGUGAAUUUUUGGACCUCAGUUCAGCCAGUGAAGAUGACUUUGACAGCGAGGACAGUGAACAGGAGCUGAAGGGCUACGCCUGCCGUCACUGCUUCACGACAACUUCCAAGGACUGGCACCACGGAGGAAGAGAGAACAUCUUGCUGUGCACAGACUGCCGCAUUCACUUCAAGAAGUACGGAGAGCUGCCUCCCAUCGAGAAGCCUGUGGACCCACCGCCAUUUAUGUUCAAACCUGUCAAAGAGGAAGAGGAUGGGCUCAGCGGCAAGCAUAGCAUGAGGACCAGACGGAACCGAGGCUCGAUGUCAACGCUACGUAGUGGUCGUAAGAAGCAAACAGCCAGUCCCGAUGGCCGAGCCUCGCCUAUCAAUGAGGAUCUGCGCUCAAGCGGACGUACUUCGCCCAGUGCUGCAAGUACUGACAGCACCGACAGCAAGACGGACACCAUGAAGAAGCCCAGCAAGAAGAUUAAAGAAGAGGCUCCCUCACCCAUGAAGAGUGCCAAACGGCAGAGAGAGAAGGGAGCUUCGGACACAGAGGAACCCGAGCGGGCCUGUGCCAAAAAGUCCAAAACACAAGAGCUGAGUCGACCAGACUCCCCCUCCGAGUGUGAAGGAGAAGGUGAGGGCGAGGGCGAGAGCUCCGAUGGACGCAGUAUCAAUGAGGAGCUCAGCAGCGAUCCUAAGGACAUUGACCAGGACAACCGUAGCUCUUCUCCAAGCAUCCCCAGUCCCCGCGACAAUGAGAGUGACUCGGACUCUUCUGCCCAGCAACAGCAGCUCUUGCAGAGCCAGCAUCCUCCGGUCAUCCAGUGUCAGCCAAGCACCUCAUCAGCUGCUCCCCCUGCACCACCGCCGCCUCCUCCCGCAGCCUCGGCCCCUUCACUGCCCCUACAGGUCUCCCCUACGGCGGCCUCCGCCUCUCUGCCGCCUCAAGCGGGCCCCAUGGCUCUCAUCCAGUCGGGAGCCUCCCUCCAUCCUCAAAGGCUCCCCUCUCCGCAUUCACCGCUGACUCAAGCCCCGCCUCCAGGUCCCCCGGUGCCACCGCCGUCAUUACCUGGCUCGCAUCACAGCCCCAUGCCGCAUCCGCUGCAGCCCGGCCCCCCGCACAUGCCUCACCCUCACUCGCUGCCUGCCCAGGGCUUCCCUGUCAGUCAGUCUCAGGUCCCGCCCCCGCCAAUCUCAGGCCAGUCGCAGCCAAGGCCGCACACCCCACCCUCUCAGUUGUCUUCUCACAGCGGGGGACAGCCUCCCCGGGAGCAGCCACUUCCACCUGCCCCAAUGUCAAUGCCUCACAUCAAGCCCCCACCGACCACACCUAUCUCCCAGAUCCCCACCCCACAGUCCCACAAACACGCGCCGCACGUGUCUGCACCGCCAUUCCCGCAGAUGCCUUCCAACCUGCCUCCGCCUCCCGCCCUCAAGCCCCUCAGCUCGCUAUCCACCCACCACCCUCCGUCGGCACACCCGCCUCCGCUUCAGCUCAUGCCUCAGGGGCAGCAGCUUCAGCCUCCCCCAGCGCAGCCUCCAGUUCUCACCCAGUCCCAAAGCCUCCCUCCAUCAUCCAGCCACCAGCCUUCUUCAGCUCCUCCACUGCCGCCCUCUGGGGGGGCAUUGCACCCCAAUGGGCCGCCACAGCUGCCCUUCUCCCCUCAUCCUUACAGCACAGUUCUACCUCCAACUGGCCCCUCCGCGUCCUCAUCAAACUCUAUGCCGGGCUUGCAACCUGUGUCUUCCUCCGUCCCACCCUCCUCCAUCUCCAUGCCGCUCCCUGCGUCCGUUGCUUGUGGCGGCUUGGGCACAGGGCUCCUGCCCGUUCACAUCAAAGAGGAGCCGCUGGACGAGACGGAAGAGCCAGAGAGCCCCCCGCCCCCACAGAGAAGCCCUUCCCCCGAGCCCACCGUCGUAAACACGCCAAGCCAUGCCAGCCAGUCUGCACGGUUCUACAAGCAUCUGGACCGCGGUUACAACUCAUGCGCUAGAACCGAUUUCUACUUCACUCCUUUGGCCUCGUCCAAACUGGCCAAGAAACGAGAGGAAGCUGUGGAGAAGGCCAAGAGAGAAGCAGAGCAGAAAGUGCGGGAAGAGAAGGAGCGAGAGAAAGAGAGGGAAAAGGAAAGGGAGAGAGAGCGGGAACGAGAAAAGGAGGCCGAGCGAGCAGCGAAAGCCUCCUCUUCGGCCCACGAGAGCAGAAUGGGCGAACCGCAGAUGGCCGGGCCCGCCCACAUGCGUCCCCCCUUUGACGGACCCCCCACCACUAUUGCAGCCGUGCCUCCGUACAUCGGGCCCGACACCCCUGCCCUGCGCACCCUGAGCGAAUACGCCCGCCCUCACGUCAUGUCCCCCACCAAUCGAAACCACCCCUUCUUUGUGUCCCUCAACCCCGCAGACCCACUGCUGGCCUACCACAUGCCCGGCCUCUACAACGCCGACCCGGCCAUGCGGGAGCGCGAGUUGCGAGAGCGGGAGAUGCGCGAGCGGGAGAUUCGCGAGCGGGAGCUGCGGGAAAGGAUGAAGCCCGGUUUUGAGGUCAAACCUCCCGAAAUGGACACGCUCCACCCUUCCACAAACCCCAUGGAGCACUUUGCCCGGCACGGGGCCAUCACGUUGCCUCCCAUGGCCGGCCCUCACCAUUUCGCCUCUUUCCACCCGGGCUUGAACCCGUUGGAGCGUGAGCGGCUGGCUCAAAACCUACAGCUGCGGCCGGACAUGAGCUACCCGGAGAGGCUGGCGGCGGAGAGACUCCACGCCGAGAGGAUGGCCACCGUGGCCAAUGACCCCAUCGCCAGGCUCCAGAUGUUCAACGUCACGCCGCACCACCACCAGCACUCGCACAUCCACUCCCAUCUGCACCUGCACCAGCAAGACCCCCUUCACCAAGGUGGUGGUGAAUGUCUUGUGUGUCCUCCAGGUUCGGGGGCCCACCCCCUGGCCGUAGAUGCCCUGGCAGGCGGACCGCACCUGACUCGCUUCCCAUACCCGCCCGGCGCAAUCCCCAACCCACUCCUUGGACAGCCGCCGCACGAACACGAGAUGCUACGCCACCCGGUCUUCGGUAGGCAACUCUUAACCCCUCAUCAGGGAGCUCCGUAUCCGCGGGACCUGCCCCCGCCCAUGUCGGCAGCCCACCAGCUGCAGGCCAUGCACGCCCAGUCGGCUGAGCUCCAGAGGCUGGCCAUGGAGCAGCAGUGGCUCCACGGCCACCAUCACAUGCACGGAGGUCCGCUGCCCGGCCAGGAGGACUACUACAGCCGACUGAAGAAAGAGAGUGACAAGCAGUUGUAACGUGUUGAGGAAGCUGGCAGGAAGCUGAAGAAUGCAAAAAGGCCAAGUGGAUCCUAUGCUUUAUAUUUUUAUCCCCCCCCCCCCAAGACAUUUCUUUGGUAUAUAGCCAGUAAACGUGACACAACAUUCUGAAGACUCCUGCAUGACAAGCUUCCCUGACAUCUUUGUGUAGGUGCUAGAACAAGAAGACACACUGUGCUUAUCCAAAAAAACAAUGCGGCCGCUUAUGGAAAAUAACAAGUGCUAUCUUAAAUUCAACAUUUAUUUUAAUACGUUGUUGUUGUUGUUGUUUUUUAAUCAUUUUAAAAAGAGCUACCGCAUGGAGUUUUUUUUUUUUUUCCCUUUUUGGGAAUUUGUAAAUAGUAUAUAUAAACAUAUGACGAUUAUAAUUAUUAUUAUUAUUACUAGGUGUGGACAAACCAGUUGUUUCAACCUCCGCUCCGCUGCAGUUGUGUUGAUGCAUUAUCCCUUGUUUCAGAGGGGAGCACCAUGGCAUUCUUCUUCUUAUGAUUUGAGCCAUUUGAAUUGUGACCUUGGUCUGACAUUGCAGUGUUAGAUUUAGUCCCAAGUAGCCCAUGUGAUGGUCCCCGCCCCGACCCAAAACCUGUCACACCCACUCAUCACACACACACACACACACACACACACCAGCUUUUUCAGAAUGUGUCAACGCGACAUGUUGACCUUGAGACUUGAAACACUUGAAGCUUCAAUUCAUCCAUGACUACAACUACAAUGGACAUUUGCACUGACAUUUGUUUUUAUCCUCUCCCACCACUGUCAUUUAAGCCCAAUACAUCAACUAAUAUAAAAUGACCUUUUUCUCAACAAUUUGGACAGUGCCAGAAGUCUCUUUUAUACAUCACAGGAGCCCCGUAGGACUUUUAACGGUGGCAUCCUCUCCCGUCAUGUUCACUGUGCUCUGCCAACAUGCGACCAUCAGGAAGCGUACGUAUGAUUGUGUGUGUGUGUGUGCUUAUGAUCGUGUGUGAUUGUGUGCGUGUGUGUGUGUGUGUGUGUCUCACACUAUUGUACGCUUCAAGUUUUCCAACUCGAUGCACGAAGACUGUUUGACUUGACAUGGAUUUCAACAAAACUGUGGCUUAUUCGUUUUUUAUGAUUUUCUUUUUGCCAAAUGAAGAAACUGUACUCGCAUUUAAAUGACCAUGUCAUAGUUCCUCGGAGCACUAUCUUUAUGUUUUGCAAGCGGAAAGUCUUCUGACCUUCUCUUACUGACGCACUCUUCAUCCUCCCGUCCUUUCCCAAGCGUCCUUUGCCUUUCCCGCCCUGUUUUUGUGUGUCCAGUGUUGUCAACGGUUUAGCUUCUCGUUUCAAAGCGGCAGCAGCAGAAUGUCCGUUCUGACUGCCUAGAUUUCUAUAUAUACUGGUAUCUUGAAGCUUAUUGUAUAUAUGAGUAGUCGCCAUGGGAUGACACAAUGUAAACAAAAAGUAGAAAGAAUAAGACAAAUUGUGAGUCCUGUGUUCUCUCCAUUUGAGUAUUUUGUAAUUUUUUUGAAAAAUUUGUGGAAUUAAAAUAAACUUCUAAGUUACACCACAA